CGUUCCACAACAAUUUUGCCAAAAAAUUCAGUAAUUUAAAAUGUUGGUAACGUGACAAUUUAUAGUUAAAUUCACUGAAAACCGUUCCUUAAAAUGGCUUCAACUUUUAAUGAGUCAAUGUUCGAUUUUGAUUUAAAUUUUCUUCAUCCAACGACACCGAGUGAUGGUCAGAUUAAUAAGUUCGAAAAGCAGAGGAAAGCCAUUUUAAUAGUUAAAAAGAAAACAAUAGCCACAGAUUCUCUAAUAAAAAAGUACUAUGAAAAAAAAGAUCUAUUGGACCAAACAGAAAAGAGCCUCCUCACGUCGAAAGAAGAGUGUAAACAGAUAUGUAUUGACUAUAGGAAAUCAAUGGAAACUUGUUCUAAAUUAGAAAAUGAUAUGCAGAUCUUGCAGAAUGUUAACAAAGGACUUGAAAGUAAAUGUUUUCAAGCAGAAAAUCAGUAUGCCGCUGCAACAUCCUUAACACAUCAACUCCAGAUGUUAGUAAAGGAACAAGAAACUCAAAUUGAAUCUUUAUCAAUAGAAAGCGGGUUACUGAAAUCAAAUUCAAAAGAACAUGAAAAAAAAAUUUCAACAUUACUGAAAGACAAUGAAGUGUUGUUAAAGCACAUGUGCCUGGCUAGGAAUAUUAUAUUAGGAAAAAGAUCUUUAAAUAUUUCACCUAUCCUUGAUUGA